CAUACUCUGGAGGAGGAUUUCAGCCAACAAAACAAAUCUCUCACCCACCGCCAUCAACCUCUUGCUAGCACUAGCAGAUCCUUGAGUCCGACUGGUCUGGCUCAUCUUUUCCCCUUCGGGUUAACCAAUUUCUUAAAAUGUUUUUUCCUGAAGCCUUUUCUUUUGGAUUUCUUCAUCAUCCUUUCAUAUCCUUGUUGGUGUUUCUUUGACUUUAUUUCCUCCUCUGUGUUUUGUUUUGCCCGGGAAGAAUGAUGGCUCUUAAAGUGCUUCAUCCAGACGUGAAGAGUUCCCUGAACGGAGGUUCAUUUUUUAGCUUAAACUCUAUCGAGGGCCACGGACCCCCUCCUCCACUCCGUAGCUAUCUUUUUUUGACCAUUUUCACCUGUUUUUGUCCUGCAUAUCCCAUCAAUAUUGUAGCCCUUGUCUUCUCUAUCAUGUCCAGGAACAGCUACGAGCUUGGGGACUAUGAAGGGUCCAAACGACUGGGAAGAAACGCUCUCUAUGUUGCCAUCGCUUCCAUCAUCAUUGGCCUCCUCAUCAUCGCCAUCCUCUGCAUUGUUCAUUUUACCACUAUGGACUUUUGAUAUUAUGGAACUGGAGAAAGGGGUGGAAAGAAAAUGAGGGACUCAACAGUCUGGUGAGCUCUGGACUGGCUGAAACCAAGCAGCUCAUAAACUUGUCAAUCCAUGAGAGGAAUCCACAUUCAGCAGGGCCCGCGUUUACUUGAUAUGCUCAUCACAGGGCCCCUGCUCUCACUUUUUCUAUUCUUCUUUCAAAGGAAUUUAGGUGAAACACUUAUCCAGACUGACUUACAAUGAGUGAGCAGGUAGUGGUUGAGUGGCCUUCUGUAAGGACACUUGAACAGGACAAAAGACGUCAUGGAAGCUGAAUCCAGGGUAUUUAUUACGGGACUGUCUCUCACUACUGCAGCACCCUGCCUCUUAUUCAAAUGGAGUCCUCAAGGAGUAAGUUUAUGAAUCAUGUUUGCUUAUUUACCAUCAAAAUUAAUUAUAAGAAAAAAAAAUAUAUGUUUCGGCAAUGUCUCAAAUGCAAAGGUAGGUUCCUACUAAGUUGUAGGGAAACCAUCUACAGUUGGAUAUGCUUAAACAUGCACACAUAGAAAUAAGGAGUGUGACUUUACAUCUUGCUGGGGACUCCCUGGAAUUCCAUUGCUCUAUUUAAGACUUUUCAUAACAUAAUCAAUAUUUUGUAACAUAAGAUGUGAAUUUAUAUAUGUAAUAUCAGUUAUUACGUUGCGUCUGUCUGGGAAAACAGUAAUAAAAUUAUAUUGG